AUUAUUAGAAUUAACCUUCAAAAUGGCGGCUAUAGAUCCUUCGCUUUUAAAAGAUAGAGAAGCCUUUAAGAAGAGAUCCCGUGCCACACCAGUUGUAGAAAAGAAAGUUUCAAAAGCUAAAGUGACUGCUGAUAGCAGACCAUCUGCUUCUAAGCCAAAGAAAAAGAAGAAAGCUAGUCAAUUUUCUAGACCAAAGCCUAAUAUUCUUCACACUGGCACUAGUGAUUCUAUUAAAGAAGCUGCUAAACAUGGCCACCGUGGGAAGAACCCUGCUCGUAUACUAAAAGCCGUCGUGGACAUGAUGAAGGAGAGAUACCUCACCAAAGUGUACGAUCCUCUGAGCAUUGACGAAAUAUUAAAAGAGAUUGAUCUGGAGGAACUCCACAGUGAAAUAAAACAAAGACUAUAUGAGGAACUAAGAAGGAAUCGCAAGAUACGCUAUUACUCGGAAGCUGAUAGAUUUAUAUUUUUGCCUAGUCUUGGUCACCAGGUUCGCAGCAAGACUCAACUCUUGGCAUUUCUUCAAGACAGAGAGAGUAAAGGAAUGGGAGGUGUUAGUAUCACUGACUUGAAGGAAGCAAUACCACAGACUGAGAAAGUUUUACGCAAACUUGAAAAGGACAUAUUUCGGUUGAAAUGCGGUGAGAGGGAUAAGAAUGAAGAAGUCGUUUUCUAUAAUAAUCACGAUUACGAUAUAACUGUCGAUGAAAGUAUUGUCUCUCAAUGGAGGCAGGUAAGUGUGGAUGGUCAGUCUGAAAGAGACAUUGAAAAGUAUCUUGAAAAUGUUGGGCUAGGAGCAAUGCAAGGCGAAACUCGAAAAAGAAAAGCACCAACUCAGCAACGAAAAACUUCAAAGAAAUCGCGACAAACUAAAAUACUCAACACACAUUUAGAGACCGACCUACUUAAAGAGUACUCUGAAGAUGGGACUCAACUGACCACGCCUACAUAACAAACCACACCCACACAAUUCACAAUUAUCAACAAUCACAAUAAUAAAAAAACAAAUUUUUAGAGCACUACUUAA